AUGGGUCGAGCUCGAGGGCAUCUUGGACUCCGGCAAAGUUGGCGCGAUAGGAGUAUCAAACUUUACAAAACAACACAUUGUCACGAUCUUGAAAAUCGCCAGGAUCAAGCCGGCUUGCACCCAAAUCGAGUUAAAUCCAUACCUUCAACGCUUAGAUUUGCAACAAUUGCAUCGGGAACAAGGAGUUUCGACCUUUGCCUUCUCACCUCUCUCGCCCGUUGUGAGAGCCGGACCCGGCCCGCUGAACGAUGUCUUAGAGACAAUAGCACAGAAGCAUGGCAUAAGUACCGCUGUCGUGCUGAUACGACGGGCUUUGCAGCAAGGAAUCGCCGUUGUAACGACAUCCAGACAACAUGA